AUGUCUGCACCCAUGAUGGCCAACGUCGCCGACACGCUGGCCACGAUGCAGGGGCCGGACUUGUAUUGGGAGGAGAAGGGGCCGCUGCAGGACCCGCCCAAGGAGGAGUCCGACUUCAAGGAGUACGACACCUUCUCCACCUUCCUGGCGGCGUGCCAGCAGCACGGCGUCGACCUGACCCAGCCCGACAUCACGGUGCUCGCGCCAGGCAACGUGGCGUGCGAGCAGUUCUCCGCGGUCGCCGGCCCGCUCACCAAGGCGGUGUGCGAGUACCACGUCAUCAAGGGCGUCGUGAACAAGGACUCGCUCGGCUCGGCCGACCUCACCACCGUCGAGGGCUCGACGAUCACCUACCGGCGCAUGUUCCGCAAGGACUUCCUGGACAACGCCUUCUGCGGCCAGCCGUCCUCGCCGCCCCGCACCAGCUACUGCGCCAACGUCAAGGCCGACAACGGCCUCAUCCACGGCCUCAACGAGGUCAUCUACCCGGGCUGGUCCGAGUCGUCGGGCGGGUACGGCUCGGAGGGCGACGCCGCCACCCGCGCGUAA